UCACCUCAUCCUGAUUCAUCUUCAAGUAGUGACAGUGAUGAUGAAACAACACAUCUUGCAGAGAGGCCUGGGAGGGUGGUCAAUGCAGAGCUUCCUUUCCAAACAUCUGGAUUAACAAGUCAUGAUCAAGAAAAUAUCCCUACCAUCCAGAGGCGUCUAGAUAUCAAAGUACCAUCACUAGACUCUAAUUCGUCUUCUAGUAGUGAUGAUGAGGACGAAGUUACACAUCACAAAGAGAGGCCAGGGAAGGUUGACAUUGUUCCAAUAAAGAAUUAUGAAGAGGGGAAGGUAAAUCUUUCAACAUUUCCAUUGCAAGAAUCUGAAACGGUGAGUCAUGAUCCACUGGGGUUUGCUGUAGAGCUUAAUAAUAUUACUCGUAUAAAGAGACGUUUGGACAUCAAAGCCCCAUCAUCACCUUCUAAAUUGUUAAGUGAUGGGAGUACAAAUCAUACAGUGGACGUAAAGAUAAAGGAAGCCAACAAAAUUAGUCCCCAUUUCUCAUCAAGCAGCUCAGUUGAGCAAGAUGAGUAUACUGAAGAUAUAAGAAACCCAUCAAUGACAAUAAAACCACAUAUAGAUCCAAGAUUACUUGAACUAGGUCUCAGCAGUGCCCCUUGUGUCAAAAGGCGCCUGGAUAUUAAAACACACUCACCUUCAACUGAGUUGUCUUCCAGCAGUGACAAGAGUGACAGUGAAAGUACAAACAUACAUGUGAAAGUGGAGAGAGGAAAAACUGAUGUUGGGCUGACAAAUAAUCAACCAGGGACACAAUUUCCUGAGAGGAAUAAACGUUUAUUUCCCAUUAACAGGCGUUUGAAUAUCAGAGGGCCACCACAACCAGCAGACUCCAGCUUUUCCAGCAGUGAUAAUGGUAGACUUUCAAGCCACACUGUGAGACAUGAAACAGACAAAGAUGGUGUCGGGAUCACAACUCAAGAGCAAAAGACAAUGAUGCAUAACAUUAAUCUGGAUAUCCCCAAUGUCAGAAGACGCCUGGAUAUUAAAGCACCAUCACCACAACCAGAUCUCGUUCUUGACAGUACAUCUGCAGACCUUCGAAAGUCUGAAUCAAACUCUUCCACAAGUGAAAGUGAGGAUGAGAACAGAGACCACAAGUUCAAAUGGUCUCCGAAAAUCCCACUGAUAGACAUUUCUCCGAUUCCAAAGACAGACCACAAUAUCAAAUUAGAAAAGUAUACAGUUAUUACAGAUGACCUGAGGAACAAACCAUCAGAUGACAACAUCAGCCCAACACCAGAGAUAAACCCAGAGCUUCAGUCACGGUGGGCCACCAUGAAUCUUGGUAUCUCCCGCUUUAGAAAACAUCUUGAAAUCACAUCACAUACAAAUGUACCACCAAACCUGCCCACGUCACCUUUACCUGACUCCCCCUCCUCUUACACAGGUGAAAGUGGGACUGGAAAUAAAAGUAGCAGAACUAGAUUAAAGAAGAACUUAGAAGUAAAGGUUACUGAGGAAAAGUCAAACCCAGAUUCCCAACUGUCUGGUUUUGACAUUCCACAUGUUAGUAGGUACUUGGACAUCAAGGUCCAUGAAAAGGCUCCUGCUACUUCGCCAUUACAUCAACAGUCUGAUUCCUUAUUCAGCAGUGAGAGUGAGGGUAUAUCAACAGAAUACGCAGUUAACAGAUGGAAGGGAACAUCUCAGCUAAGUGUUGUCCCAGACGUGGCAGCUCCCCAGAAUCGCACCUCUUUACUUGUGACCCAUGCUUUUGAUGAGUCACGCAGUGGAACUCAGGUGGAGAGGAAGGCUGGGGUAGAGCUCAAAAGCCACACAUCAGAAGAGGGAGACGCGUCUGACUCAAUGUGGCCUCAAAUAAGUCUCACAAAUAUCCCUCAUGUCAAAAGGGCUUUGGACAUCAGAACUCUGCUGCCAAGAGAAUCCUCCUCCAGCAGCAACAGUGAGGAUGAGACAGACCACAGUGUUCCUGACCUGAAACCUGGUGUCCCUCGCAUUAAUAGACUUCUGAAUAUCAAGGCACCAUCACCAAAGCUUAAAUACUCUGCAAAGCAAAGCUUACAUUCAUCUUCAGCAAUGACAGAUUACGAUUACUCUCAAAUCGCUUAUAAACGUUCAAUUAUCAAAGCUCCAGCGCAACUCAAUUCUUUCUCUUCCAGAAGUCAGACUUCAGACCAUCCUGUUGCACAGGCAGGUCUAUCCCAUAGUGUGGGGGACAGAAGUGCAUCUCUUUCCCCAAGGGGAGUUUCCGGUAUUGAGCAGCAUGGCACCUUAGAUGUGGAACUGACACCCGAGAUACGGUGGAAGGGCAUCGGUCGAGAUCUAUCUGACUUUUCCAGUGCGAGUAGACGUUUGGAUUUAGGCUUACUUCCUCCACAGCGGGCUCCACCUGCAGAGCCAGAACACAACCCACCUGACUCCUCCAACUUCUCCCAUGAAAUAAAACAGGACGGAGGGAAAGCAUAUGAGACUCUGAUGCAUAGAUAUUCAUACCCUACUGCAAGUAGGGUUUCUGUUGCAUCCAGCAGAUCUGUGGACCAAUUUGACAACACAAGCAGAAGCAAUAAUGAGAUUUUUAGGGCUCUGUCUGAGGAUAGGAAGGAAAAGAAGGGCCUUGGUGCUUUAAAAGCUAUGUCAUCAAAGAGACUUCGGUGGGACAUGGAAGAUAAAGAUAAAGAUGCUGUUUAGAUGAUCUCCUCCUACGUAGUGCCCAUGGUUCAUAAGGUGACAAGUUUUAACUUAUGAGGGUUUGUGAGGACAUCAUACCUGUGGCCAAACUGUCACUUAAACAAAUACACAGUUCGUCUAUUCAGAUGAGAAAUCUGCUGCAGGUUGCUUUAUGUAUUUUGCUGCUACAGAAGGGAUGACAAUAGAGAUACCGAGCCACCACAAAGGGCUCCGACUAUUACAGCAACACUGCCACUGCAUGAGGCAGUUGGGCUGCAAGACACAAGAGUGGAUAUGUACCAGAUCGGUCCUGCGGCAUUGCAGAAAAUCAGAGUCUGACUCCUCUGUCACAUCACAAAACCUGCCACUCCACUAUGUCUCCUCAAACAUAAUGAUCUGUGAUGUUAAACACAGUAAUUACCACUAGAACAAAGAAAUGAUUGUCAUUGUCUUUAGUUUUUGUCUUAAAUUUGAUUAUGAUUUAAGAUUGAAAUUAAAUGUAAGAAUGGAGUAGUUGAGGAGCAGUUAAAUCAUAGUCAAGUUGUAUCUAUAAUCCAUUUUGCAAUGAGAGUCCAUAUAAUCAUAAUGCACCUG